UUACACCGCAACGAUAUCGCUACCAUUGCUGUUAUGUAUGAAAUCAUGUUCUCGGGCUCCUCCCCUCGAGCCGGCCCUGAAAUCCGCGCGCGCCAUAACGUCACCCAGCAGUCACAUGCUAGUGUCAUGCGCCGUGCAUGUUCCGGGGCCCCCUAUCUCCUCCCCCGGCCCCGCUCAGUUGCUGUUGCUCUCCAGCCCGCGGUGAUAAUAAGAUCCCAGGACACAAAAUGGCGCACAGCUGUCGGUGGCGGUUCCCAGCUCGGCCUGGGACCGGCCGGAGACUGGGAGCUAAACACAGACUGGCAGCCGUGCUGAGGGAGGAUGCAGGCGUCACCGGAUGCAGUACGGGCGCUGCUCAUGGAAUGUCUUUGGCCCCCGGGGGCCACGGGAACUGUGGGGGGGUUGGACCGGGAUUUGAUGCGGCGUUGCAAGUGUCCGUGGCGAUUGGGAGCAACCUGAGACGGUUCAGGGACGUGUCCGGGGGCAGCAGCGGAGAGGAGGAUCAGUUUCUAGGAUUUGGCCCAGAUGAAGAAGUUAAAACUCGGAGCCCCACAAAAACUCUUUCUGAUCAGUCAACCCCAAGGAAACCUCGUGGUAGGCCCCGCAACAGUCUAUCUAGGAGCUCUGAUGUUUCCUCAACACCUGCAGAAAAUCACAGCCCGGUUACAAACAAACAAGAUCUCAGGCCAGCAGAUAAAGUAAAGAAACCAGAAAAUAAACCAGAAGAGAAGAGAAGGGGAAGACCACCUGCAAAUGGGAGUGUCAAAUUCAAGUUGACACAGGACAAACGUGAUAUAUCAGAAUCUUUUAAGACUUCUCGGGAAGAAAAAACGAAGCAGAAAAAGCAGUCUGCUGCGUUCCAGCAUGCUGCCAAAAUAAAGAAACUCAGAACAGUCAAACUGUCUCCACUAAAACCCAAGUUUAAAGCGGACAAACUGCAAAUUGGACAGAAAAGUGCUGUUCAGAUUGUCAAGAGACGUGGUAGACCUCCAUCUUCAGAAAGGUUUAAAACUCCACCUGGGAUCAUUUUGAGACAGUCACAAGGAGAUAAAUCACAAAGGGGUCGCAAAGAGGACUCCCAUCAACCCUUAAAAGAUGAAACCAGAGUAUCUGUUCGACAAAGUCCACGUAGGAUAAAACCUGUAAGGAUUAUUCCUACCUCCAAAAGGACUGAUACAACCAUUGCCAAGCAGCUUCUGCAGAAGGCCAAAAAAGGGGCACAGAAAAAGAUGGAGCUAGAAGCAGCAAAAUUGCAAGGACGUAAAGGAGGCACACAGCUGAAAAACAUACGACAGUUUAUUAUGCCUGUUGUUAGUACGGUCUCUUCCCGAAUUAUAAAGACACCAAGGAGGUUUAUAGAAGAUGAAGAUUAUGAGCCCCCUAUCAAGAUUGCUCGGCUUGAGGCUGCUCCAAAUGGACGUUUCAGUGCGGCAUCUUGUGAAUCCAGCGAGAAGUCUAGUGCAGCUUCCCAGCAGUCCUCACAGGCUACAUCAGAUGAGUCCCGCUCUAGCAGUCCUAGUGUGGACACCUCAACAGAGUCUCAGGCAUCAGAGGAGACACCUGCUGUAACAGACACUCAAGAAUGUCUUACAGAGAUACCCCUGACUACUCCUCAGUCUGUUCCAAAAAGCAGCAGAGGUGGCGUAAGGAGUCGUCGGCUUUCUAACUGUAACAGAAGUUUCAAUUCUAGACAAACUAAGAAGACAUCUCCACCAGCUCUUCAGCAGUCCUCUGCAUCGCCACCUCCAACACUUCUUAGUUCUCCUGCACCCCUACAGUCCUCCUCAUCCCUUUCAGAACACUCAACCUGGGUGAUUCCUCCAACUAUUCCACUAGCCACACCCUUUAUUUCUGCUUCACGCUUGCAUGAGAAAAGAAGGUCAAUUCUAAGGGAACCAACUUUCCGCUGGACCUCCAGACUAGAAUCUCAGUACUUUUCCUCUGCAAAAUAUGCCAAAGAGGGCCUCAUCCGUAAACCCAUAUUUGACAAUUUCAGGCCCCCACCGCUGACCGCAGAGGAUGUAGGACUGGCUUCUGGGUUUAGUUCUGCUUCUGUUGUAGCUCCUGGAAGAUUGUUUUCUCAGUUACAUUCCGCUGGAAGGUUUGAUGCACCUAAGAGAAGCCCCAUAUUACGUGCACCCAGAUUUACCCCCAGUGAAGCACACUCCCGUAUAUUCGAGUCAGUGACUCUUCCAUCAUCUGUGGGGCGCUCUGGUGGGACAUCUUCCAUUAUGGGAAUGGCCUCUCGUAAAAGGAAAAGGAGAGUCUUUAGUCCUAUCCGCAGUUCUGUAUCUAGAUCACCAUCUCACUCCAUGAGAACGCGGAGUAGGAGGGGAAAUAGCAACAAUGUGGCAGCGUCCCUCAUACCUCAGUCAUCCACCUCACUUGCAGGCAUUUCUGUUAGUCCUCUUACCGCCAGUGCCUUAAACCCAAGCUUUUCUUUCUCUUCCACAUCAAUUACUCCAGCACCUGGGGAUUCUGCUGAAAAAAAUCAGAAAUCAAGGAAGCAAGCCAGCACUCCAGGUGAGCACUUCUCCUCCUCUUCCAACAGCUCUCCUGCUAUGUUUCCUUUGUUCCCUUCUAGUCCACAGAUGGAUAAAGGGGGAAACAGAAGCCGAAUAUCUGAGGAGGCACCAAAAGAAAAGGAAACUGAAAGAUGUAGGGAAAAGGAGAGAGAAAAAGAAAAUUCGCAUAACUCAAGGAAAGAUAAACGUAAGAAGGGUUCAGAUGCUGUAAACAAAGGCAGUAAAGAGAAAAGCGAUGGUGAGGCACUCACCCCUACUACACCCAUAAAACUCCCAACAAAGAGAAGAACAGUUACGGCAGAGCCCUCUUUAGAAAAAAGUCCACCUGCCUUACCUUCAGUACCCGUUUUGGCCAAGAAUAAGGUACCCAAGAAAGGCCGUGUUGUUUCUGAGAAGCACGAUUUGGAAGCUGGUGCCAAAUCUCCAUCAACAGAGCCCCACACAGCUAUCUCAAUCCAACCUGUAAAUCCUGUUAAAGCCUCCACCACUGCUAUCAGCUCCAUGUUGGACCAAGCUAACAAAUUUCUUGCCUCAGAAAAAGAUGUUGCCAGUCUCCUAAGAACAGCCAAAUGUCAGCUGCAAAGUAUAGAGAAAAGUAAACUGCGGAAACAAGGAGAGCAACCAAAAGCACAGGGCCAAGAGAGUGAUUCAUCGGAGACCUCUGUGCGUGGGCCCAGGAUCAAACAUGUCUGCCGAAGACCUGCUGUGGUCCUGGGACGUAAGAGGGCCGUGUUUCCAGAUGACAUGCCCACGCUGAGUGCCUUACCUUGGGAAGAGAGAGAGAAGGUCCUGUCUUCCAUGGGGAAUGAUGACAAGUCCUCCAUAGCUGGCUCAGAGGAUGCUGAUCCACCAGCUCCACCCCUUAAACCCAUAAAACAAGUCACUCGCAACAAGACUUUACAGGAGCCUCCGGUAAAGAAGGGCAGGCGAUCGCGCCGCUGUGGCCAGUGUCCAGGCUGCCAGGUGCCUGAUGACUGUGGUGUGUGCACAAAUUGCCUUGACAAGCCAAAAUUCGGAGGACGCAACAUCAAAAAACAGUGCUGCAAGAUGAGAAAGUGCCAGAAUUUGCAGUGGAUGCCCUCAAAAGCGUUUUUACAGAAGCAAGCAAAGGCAGCAAAAAGAAAAGAGAAGAAAUCCAAAAUGGCUGAAAAGAAAGAGGCUGCCACUGUUAAACCUACCGUAGAACCAGUUUCCAAGGCUGUUGUAGCACCAGUAAUUAGAGCCCCAUCUCCUGACAGAGAGGAACAUCCCCUUUCUCCAUCACCACCACCAAAAAAGAGUGAUCCUCCAAAGAAACUAGAGGAGAAACCGGAAGAGGACAGCCAACUUGCACUUAACAAUGAGGUUAAGCAGCCGCCUACUGUACGGAAAGUCACAAAGCAGCUUCACCCACAGCCUCAUGUCUAUCAAGCACCACGCCAGACUAGUCCGCCACCAACACCCUCUCGCAAAGAAGCCCCCAGAUUGGCCUCUUCUGAGCCAAGGAAAAAACAGCUGGUUGUACUUCCAGAGAAUGGUUCUGAGCAAAAUAAGCAGAAGAAACUGGCUUCCAGAUUAGGGGUGUUGCUGAGAUCAAAAUCCAAGGAGAAGGAGAAACCGCUAGCUCCUAGCAAGACAGAUGUGAAUUUUAAUCUACUGAACACCAUCUGUAACGGCAACAGCUCCAGACAGAAGGCGUCAUCUGAUGGCGUGCAUAGGAUCCGUGUAGAUUUCAAGGAGGACUGUGAAGUGGGAAAUGUAUGGGAAAUGGGUGGACUAAGCAUACUUACAACCGUACCGAUCACCCCACGUGUGGUUUGCUUCCUUUGUGCCAGCAGUGGAAAUGUUGAGUUUGUGUUCUGCCAAGUCUGUUGUGAGCCUUUUCACCGUUUCUGCUUGGAAGAAAGGGAAAGACCAUCCGAAGACCAAUUGGAAAAUUGGUGUUGCCGAAACUGCAAGUUUUGUCAUGUGUGUGGCAGACAGCAGCAGGUUAACAAGCAGCUACUAGAGUGUAACAAGUGCCGCAAUAGCUAUCACCCAGAGUGCCUGGGACCAAAUUACCCCACAAAACCCACAAAGAAGAAGAGAGUCUGGAUCUGCACUAAAUGUGUCAGGUGUAAGAGUUGCGGAUCCACUACACCUGGUAAAGGCUGGGAUGCACAGUGGUCGCAUGAUUUCUCAUUGUGCCAUGACUGUGCCAAGCUAUUUGCAAAAGGGAAUUUCUGCCCUCUGUGUAAUAAGUGCUAUGAUGAUGAUGAUUAUGAGAGCAAGAUGAUGCAAUGCGGCAAGUGCGAUCGAUGGGUCCAUUCCAAAUGUGAAAGCCUGACUGAUGAAAUGUAUGAGAUCCUUUCAAAUUUGCCAGAAAGUGUGGCCUACACGUGUAUUAAUUGCACUGAUCACCACCCUGCAGAGUGGAGGUUGGCAUUAACAAACGAGUUACAGGCUUCUCUUAAAUAUGUACUAAACGCUCUGCUGAAUUCCCGCACAUCGAGCCAUCUUCUACGUUACAGACAGUCAGCAAAACCUCCUGACUUAAACCCGGAACCAGAAGAGAACAUGCCUUCCCGAAGCUCUCCUGAGGGUCCUGAUCCGCCUGUUCUUAUUCAGGUUGGCAAGCAAGAUGAGCAGCCUACACUUGACCUUGAGGGAGUGAAGAAGAAGAUGGAUCUAGGAAGGUACACCUCUGUGUUGGAAAUGAGUGAUGACAUUGUGAGGAUCAUCCAGGCAGCUAUGAAUGCUGACGGAGGGCAACCAGAGCUGAAGAAAGCCAACAGCAUGGUGAAAUCCUUCUUCACAAAGCAAAUGGAGCGUGUUUUUCCAUGGUUUAGUGUAAAGAAGUCCAGAUUUUGGGAACCAAAUAAGGUUGCUAGCAAUAGCAGCAUGUUACCAAAUGCAGUACUGCCACCAUCCCUGGACCACAACUAUGCCCAGUGGCAGGAGAGGGAGAAUAGCCUGGCUGUCCAGCCACCACUAAUGAAGAAAAUUAUUCCAGCCCCAAAACCCAAAUCUCCUGCUGACCCGGAGUCCCCUCCACCCGCACAUUCAACUCCUCCAGCAACAGAUCACAGCAGGGAUGAAAAUGCAGAUCUGCCGCCUCCGCCUGGUGUGGAGGACAAUCGUCAGUGUGCACUAUGUCUGAAGUAUGGAGAUGACAGUGCCAAUGAUGCUGGGCGGCUUCUGUACAUUGGUCAAGAUGAGUGGACACACAUUAACUGUGCUUUGUGGUCAGCAGAGGUGUUUGAGGAUGAUGAUGGUUCCCUUAAAAAUGUGCACAUGGCAGUGAUCAGAGGGAAGCAACUGAGGUGUGAGCUUUGCCAGAAAUUAGGUGCCACAGUUGGCUGCUGCCUGACCUCAUGCACAAGUAAUUACCACUUCAUGUGCUCAAGGAUUAAGAACUGUGUUUUUCUAGAAGAUAAGAAGGUUUACUGUCAGAAACACAGAGACCUGAUAAAGGGGGAGGUUGUAGCCGACAACAAUUUUGAGGUUUUGAGAAGAGUGGUUGUGGACUUUGAAGGGCUUAAUUUGCGCAGAAAGUUUUUAAAUGGUCUGGAACCAGAAAAUAUUCACAUGAUGAUAGGUUCAAUGACUGUCGAUUGUCUUGGCAUCCUCAGUGACUUAUCAGACUGUGAGGAGAAGCUUUUUCCCAUCGGAUAUCAAUGUUCUCGGGUGUACUGGAGUACAACAGAUGCCCGGAAACGUUGUGUCUACACUUGUAAAAUCCUGGAGUGUAGACCCCCUCUUACUGAAACUGAUAUCAACAGCACUAUGCAUCACGAAGAAAACCGCACUAUAGCUCACAGUCCGCCACGUGAUGAAGUGCAUGACUCUUGCACACAACGGGUAAAACCUGUAGAUACUAUUGGCAUCCCUUCUCCUGAACAUGUUUCUUCAGCUUCCAGCAUCUUGGCUGCUCCCCGACCGUCUGGUGUGGGAAGGGCCCGCACACACAGAUAUGCCCUUAAUCGGUGUUUUCCUGGACCUCGUCCACUUCCAUCAGCAGGAAGUCCAGUUACUCAUGAAAUAGUGACUGUUGGCGAUCCGGUCCUCUCCUCUGUGCUUCGUAGCAUUGGUUCUCGCAGGCAUAGUACCUCUUCCAUAUCUCUGCAGUCUCCAAAGCCACGUGUGAUAACUCCUUCCCAUACUGAGACUGCCAGACUUACUGUACCACAACCAGACACAACAGCAGCACUGGCAGACCACAGGUCUGCUAACAUGGACUCCUCAACUUCUAAUAUACUAAAUCAGAACAGCUGCAUGCCCAGCAAUAUGCUUAGAAUUCCAGGGACAAAAGCAGAUAAACCAUUAGAAACCAGGCGAGCUGGCUCACUUGAAAUGGUAUCAAAAAUUCCCAAAACAGAUAAAGUUAAAUCUUUAACUCAGAAGUCUUCUGAGUUAUCAAAUAAUCCUGCUAGCACUAAAGUACCUGCUCAGCCGCAGGGCAUCUUCUCUCCAGAUUUGAGCACAAACAGAGCUGGCUCUGUAAAGGACAAUUCUUCAGGAGUUCAUGGCUCAAAAUCUACCACCUCUCAUCAGCACCAAAGGGCAAUUAAGAGAGAAAAUGAUCCCAGUGUGGAUAAUUUUCAAGCUGAAAGAAAGCUAUCCUCGGAGGAGAUCCAAGAGACCCAUUUGCCUUUGGGUAAUCAUGGUUUUACAGUGACCAAAGAAAGACGGCCAAAGUCAAAGAAUCAGCUAAUGGAGAGCUCUAAGGAAAAACAUUCCAAUAAAUCCACAACUGACAGUGAACAUGUAUCAUCAGAUUGCCGAAGCCAAGUAGACACCAAUGGGAAUCAUUUAACUUCAGAUACUGGAAGUAAUAAGACUCAUAAAAAUCUUGAUAAGUCUGCAAGCAGCUCUGAAAGUCCACCGAUGGAAUCUUCUACAGUGAGCCCUUCUAAAGCAAUAAAGCCAAAGAUGGCAACUGAAAAUAACAGCGAGAGAAAGCUGGACAAACAAACAAUGUCACCUCAUGAGCUGGCAACAAAAUCACAAGAUAGUCCUGAAGAUACUGACGAUAGUGCUGCCAACCACAGAAGCCCCAACACAGACUCUGAGCCACAAGCUGGCAAUGCUUAUCCUGCUCAGGACUCCAGUGUACUUCUCCAAGAUGGUAGCAAAACUCAGGAAGAUGGUUCAUACAAAAGACGUUACCCAAGGAGAAGUGCCAGAGCGCGUUCUAAUAUGUUCUUUGGAUUAACGCCUCUAUAUGGUGUACGUUCCUAUGGUGAGGAAGACCUUCCUUUUUGCAGCAGCACACCAGGGAAGAAACGGGGAAAAAGGUCAGCUGAGGGUCAAGUAGAUGGGGCAGAUGACCUAAGUUCAUCGGAAGAUGAUGAUCUGUAUUAUUACAACUUUUCUAGAACUGUGGUAUCUACCACUGCAGAUGACAGACUAGGUGUACGCAACUUGUUCAGAGAAGAUGAUCGGAAUUUUCAUAGAAUUCCUCAACUUGAUGGAGUAGAUGAUGGCACAGAAAGUGAUGCAAGCAUUACUACCAACACUGGGAAAUCUGGACACACAGGAAAGAGAAGUAGUAAGCAAAAUGGAGCAGAAAAGUUGGCUGCAUCAGAUGAACAGCUGGAAAAAUCUCAUACAGGUAAAGGCAACAAAGGAUCAGAUGCCAAGAUGGAAAGCUGUCAUCCUGUGAAGCAAGACUCACUGGAGACUCAACUCAGCUUAGACACUCAACGACGAAGUCAUAGUGGAGCUGAUAAAACCCUGCUGGAUACCUUUAACACGGAGCUGCUAAAGUCCGACUCUGACAAUAACAACAGUGAUGAUUGUGGGAACAUUCUCCCUAUUGACAUAAUGGACUUUGUACUGAAAAACACACCAGCCAUGCAAGCGCUAGGAGAAAGCCCUGAGUCCUCUUCAUCUGAGCUACUUACAUUGGGGGAUGGCUUGGGGCUGGAUACUAACCGUGGUAAAGAUAUGGGUUUGUUUGAAGUCUUCUCUCAGCAGCUUCCAUCAUCUGAACCAGUGGAUGGUGCCGUUCCUUCUACUUUGUCUGCAGAAGAGCAGUUUGAACUUCCACUUGAGCUACCCUCUGAUCUUUCUGUCUUGACCACUCGCAGCCCAUCUCUUCCAAGUCAGAAUCAUAGUAGACUCAGUGUGAUCCCAGACUCCCAGUUGUCUACACCCAGUGAGCGUUCCCUUUUAUCUUUACCAACUGCAGACACAGGUGAAAAAAGAGUAACGGUUACGGAAAAGUCUGUGACAUCUGGUGAGGAUGAUUCAGACCUGUUGGCUCAAAGUGUUGAUAGAACAUCUGAAGGACACAUGACACCUGAUAGAUUUAUUGCAGGGCACAUGGACUCUGAGCACAUUUCCAGCCCUCCUUGUGGACAGGUAGACCAUGCAACAGGUCAAGAGCUGACACGAAAUAGUAGUACACCAAAUUUGCAAGUGGCAGUGUCUCCCACUGUGCCAAUUCAAAACCAAAAAUAUAUCCCAAACACCUCAGAGAGUCCUGGUCCAUCACAAAUGCAGAACACUGCCAUACAGAGCACACCCCCUCACCUCAAAUCUACAACUGAAAAAGUGGUUGUGGUCAAUCAGAACAUGCAGCCUCUUUAUGUUCUGCAAACCUUGCCCAAUGGUGUCACACAAAAAAUACAACUGACACCUUCUGUACCACCUGGCUCAAGUCGCAUGGAUGGAGAUGUGCCAGUUCUCAGUUCAAUGGGAGCAGGACUUACUUUAGCCACCACACUCAAUCCUACUCUAACUUCACCUUUUACACCUACUAGUAAGGGGCUUUUACCAAUGUCCCACCACCCACACCUUCAACCCUUUCCAUCAACCCCUCAAGCUGCUUUUUUGCCAGGACUCACUAACCAGCCUUCUGGUCUUCUUAUUGGGGUACAGCAAACAUCUGAACCACAGCUCCUAGUCGCGGAUUCAGGACAAAGGUCAGAUCUGAGUAGCACAACCAAUCCUCCAACUUCUGGUAUGAGUAAGAAAAGGCAGAUCUCCCGCCUACACACCAAGAAAAACAAAAAAUUGGCACCUUCUGUUGCCCCUGCUUUAAGGCAUCCUCCUGAAGUUGUAGCAAAUAUGACACUAAUAAACUUCCCUGCUUCACAGCUUGCUGGAAGUUUACCAAACCACCCAAGCUUAAUUGAUUUAGGCAGCCUAGGAAACGCUGCCCCCCACCGCAGUAUUCCAAAUAUCAUCAAACGUUCAAAGUCGGGGGUCAUGUACUUUGACCAGACUCCCUUGCUUCCGCAGAAUUUAGGAGCAUCAAAUUCUGUAGGGACUGCUACCAGCGUUAUUGGCUUGGACCAUGGACAUCUUUCAAGUCAGGUGCCAGCAAUUGCUGCUGGUUCUUCCGUCCUAAAUGUUGUGUCCAUGCAGACAACAGCUACACCUCCCCCUGUAAGUGGUCAUGUCACUCUUACUACUCCAGGCAUUUUAGGGCCUUCAGAACUUGGCUCUAUUGGUAACUUUCUGAUAAAGACAACCCAGCAGGGAUUGGGCAUUCAGGAUAAUCAUGUGGCACUCCCUUCUGGACCUGGGAUUUUUUCUCAAAGUACAACUACAGCUACGUUGGCAACCACUUCUAACAUAUGUGUUGUGCCCACUUCUCAGUCUGUUGGAAUGACUCUUGCCCAGACAGUGAGUGACCAGGACUGUCCCUUCCCCAUUCCUCACCACGUGAAUAGACUGAUUAGCACAAGGCCUCCAAUCCUACCAGACACUGGUAGUUCAGAUCACAGAUCGCCAUCUCACCCGCUAUCAUCUGACUCUGAGGGAAGAACUAUUAAUUCAGCAACUUCAUCCUCCAUUUCUGGUCCACAGAGAGUAAUUUCCUCAGCAGGCCAAAAAACAAAAAGUAAGGGAAAGCGUCAGACUAGCUCCACAGAGAAGACAAGCAGGAAGAAACACAAGUCAUUGCACUCCAUCCAGGGAUUAACUGUGGCACGAGAGCAAGACAAAGACAACAACCCACCUGGUGCCAUUCUAGCAGGGAGCAUUAAGCCCAAAUCUGAUGGUCAUGAUCUAAAUUCAACAACACAAACUAAUGUGAUGGAAUCAGAAAAGACUGUGGGGCAGUCCCCAGCCCUUGUAGAUACAGAUUCACCAGUGAAAGAACAACGCCAGCAUGAACCAAAACUAGAUGAUUGUAAACAGCCAGAAGAUGAUGUUGGGUUUAGCUCUCCUCUGAUGAGGUUGCUGCAGCAUGAACAGAGGCGUCAAGAUUCACUUCAUGGACCCAAACAAAGAACUGGUCUUCUGUUUGAGAUCUCCAGUGAUGAUGGUUUCCAGAUUUCUGCUAAUAGCAUUGAAGAAGCUUGGAAGUCUUUGACUGACAAAGUACAGGAAGCAAGAUCCAAUGCAAGACUGAAGCAGCUGUCGUUCGCAGGUGUAAAUGGACUUAGGAUGCUGGGUAUUAUACAUGAUGCAGUGGUGUUUCUUAUGGAGCAACUAUAUGGAGCAAACAAGUGUCGUAGUUAUAAAUUCCGUUUUCACCGUCCAGCUGGGGAAGAGGAGCCUCCUAUCAAUCCUCAUGGAGCUGCACGUGCUGAGGUGCACCAAAGGAAAUCUGCUUUUGACAUGUUUAAUUUUUUGGCCUCCAAACAUCGUCAGCCUCCUGAAUACAAACCAAAUGAUGAGGAGGAAGAAGAGGUGCAGCUGAAAUCUGUUCGGAGGGCCACCAGCAUGGAUCUACCAAUGCCAAUGAGAUUCCGACAUCUCAAGAAGACUUCUAAAGAGGCUGUAGGCGUUUACAGAUCUCCAAUUCAUGGCCGGGGCCUUUUCUGCAAGAGAAACAUUGAUGCUGGAGAGAUGGUAAUAGAAUAUUCAGGAAAUGUCAUCCGUUCUACAUUAACUGACAAAAGAGAGAAAUAUUAUGAUGGGAAGGGUAUUGGCUGCUAUAUGUUCCGUAUAGAUGACUCUGAGGUGGUGGAUGCCACUAUGCAUGGCAAUGCUGCUCGCUUCAUCAACCACUCCUGUGAGCCCAACUGUUACUCUCGUGUGAUUCCAAUUGAUGGACAGAAACACAUUGUCAUAUUUGCUAUGCGCAAAAUAUACCGCGGCGAGGAGCUCACCUAUGACUACAAGUUCCCCAUUGAGGAUGCAAGCAACAAGUUGGCAUGCAACUGCGGGACCAAAAAAUGCCGCAAGUUUCUCAACUGAUCAAGGUUUUCCAGCCUUUCAGGUUAUGCAUAGAACAGGCUGGAGUCCAGGUCACUCCAGUAUGCAGGAAGCAUGCAGCCACUGCGAAGUGGAAACCUUUACUUCACAGCUUAAAACACCUUCUGCAAAUGGCAGUCUUCUGUUCAUGGCUCCACUUCACUGCAAUGUGGCCAAGAAUGCAUUGCACGACUGAAUAACAUAUGUAUAUUCAUAGGGAACAUGCUGUAAUGUCUAAUAAGGACCAUCACUAUCCACGACGACUUACAGCAUAUAUUGAGCAUGAGUGUAUCUGUAUACUGCUUUGCUGUCACAUGGCAGUGAUUAGUAGUUUUAUAUUUUUAAUUUAUUUUUGUAUAUGUUUCCAACUUUGCAUGGCACUGUUGGUAAAGUUGUGACUUUUUUUUGUGUUCCAUGUGCUCAAAAAGGGCAGGUGAUGCUUCUUAUCUACCCUAAUACUAGGGUAUUGACAUCGUGUUAGGUAGGUUGAAGAACGAAUGUAGGCACCUCUGCUUAGAGAGCCAACAAGAGCGCUGCACAAAGAUGUCUCUUUCUAAAGACGUGAUUCAUGUUUGUAGUCCUAGAGGACUGACCGAUGAUAUAGACACUCAGAUUUUAUUCUCCUAGGAGAGCCAAAAUCCUGCAUACCUCUCACCCUUCACUGAGGUACGUUCCUUCUGUAACAGGAAGGGGCUAUUACAGCACUGACUUAAGGAGGCAAACAUUGAAGGCUCAGCACAUAGCAGUAGGUCCUUCUGUAUCUAGGCCUCUUAAGAGGUUCAGGUUUAUCCUGUAGGAAGUCAGAGGUGUUCAGAGAUUGUAGUGUAAUGACACUCAGGAGCUGCAAUAUCUUUGGGGCAUUAGAUAGCACUGACUUUUGGAAAUAUCAGCUCCAAGAUUUUGUCCUAAGGAAUGGAUAAUGUUAUGGGCCCGUAAACGGAAGUUACAGAGAGUUAUAUCAAUUUUUUUUUUCUAGUAUGGAAAUGCUAGAAAUGAAUGACAUCUUAGGGACAGCGGUGACAUCAUGCCGUGCCUCUAAUACCCUUUACUUAAUUGAGGAAGAUGACAGAUGAUGGUAAGAAUUAGAAAAACUGUUUGGAUUGCCCUUAUUGCAGAAACAAAUAUUUAUUUUAUAUUUAAAAUAAUAGUAAAAUCAUGCAAUACAACAUAGUGUACUCUUUGUAAUGUGAGGAACAGGUUAUGUUUACUAUUGGGGGCUCUCGACACUACGCACAGACUUCAGAGCGCCUCACCACCACAUUUCAAAGCACCCCUUAAGAGUUAACCACAGAAAGCGAGAAUGAGGCGUAAUGCUCUCACCACUUUUCUACGCCACAAUGUAAUCAUUCACCUCCCGCCUUCCGUUUACAUCUUCUGUUUAUUUUUCGUAGUAUUUAAAAGAAAAAAGAAAAAAAAAAGUUUUUUACAAAAUGUAAAUACUCUAUAUUUUUCUAUUGGAAGCACUUAAUUAUCGCUAAGGAAGCACUUAAAGCAGGGGGGGAUGGGGAAGUCUUUACUGAAUUUGGUGUAUUCAAAUUUAUUUUUGGAAAAAACAUUUUUUUUGAUCUGUGAAAUUGUUUAUUUUAUCAUAGGCUGCUGAAGAGGUAAAAUUUUUGAUGAUAUUUAGAAGUUAAUCAUUGUUAUUGGCCUUGUUAUAAUUGCGUUAAUUCCCUUUUCAUAUAACUUGAGGAGGCUCAUUUUAUCAUUACUGUAAGACUGCAGAAGCUGUACGAAUUCUGUAUGUUGUAGGAAUUAUUUAUUAUGUUAAAGUGAAUAUUAACCUGACUGUCGUUCGCUUCAACAUUUACUUGCUAAGGUGAAUUUCCAUCAUUUCCGAAGACUGGGCUGAGGGUUUAUAUCCAUACCGAUCUCUCAGGUAGAAUUUCUCAUGUAACAUUUGUAGAUCUGACUACUUGCUUGUUGGUCUACCCACCUGUAGUCCCAUGCAUUUCUGGUGGGAAGUGGGAAACUGUGUUAUAUUGCAAGGAGCAUGCUAGAACUCGGGGGACGAGGUUUCUGUUGUACCACACGCUCCCUUGUGCAUGUUUAGCUCUGGCCAGUGUCGUCUGAUAAUACAGCUCAUGGUAGCAGCUGAAAGGUCUACAAUCAUUUUUCUUUACAGGAAAGAUCAUUAUUUUUAAGCAUAGUCAUUUCAAGCCCUUGUCUGCCUUAAACAUGGUGUAAGUACAUUAUGUAUUUAACAGCUGAUCAGCUUAGCCCAGGUAAUGGUGGCAGAAAUUAGACUGCUCUUUGUAAGCAGAAAACGAUCAAUCUGGUGAAGAAUCAUUAAAUACAAAAUACUCCUGCUGCAAAAAAUUAAAUAACCGGUUUUAUAAACUUUUGGUAUAUUAUAUCAGUUAAACUUUUUUUUCUUUUUGGCUACAACACUUAGCCUUAGGUACUGCCUGAUAGUUGAGGUCUCCUUACUCUUUAGUCAAAAGACAACACUUUGAUAGGAUAGGCAGACUGUCUAAAGUGGAUUCUGGCCUCCUGAUUCUCCCCUAAUAGUUGGGAGAGACGGAUCGGGCAUGUUGAUUUUAAAGGGGCUAUUCAGGUGUAGAAAAACAGCGCUAAUUUCUUUCAAAAACAGCUUCCCAUCUGUCUCCAGGUUGGGUGUAGUAAACUUUGUUCCAUUAACGUCAAUGGAACUGAGCUGCAGAACCAUACCCAACCUGGAGACAGAUAGGAAGCUGUUUUUGAAAGAAAUUAGCUCUGUUUUUCUAUUCCUGGAUAACCCCUUCCUGUCCUUUUUUUUUCUUAGAGUGAUAAGCUGCCAUUAGAGCGGUCUGUCAGCGGCUUACCCUUACUCUCUCCGUAGAGAACGCAUGAACAUUCAGCUGUGCCGAACAUUCAUGUGCAGGGAGAGAUCUCUUGACUGAGCAAAAUGUUUGCCCAACAGCUACUGUUUACCCUUCUUUAGGUCAUCUGUCCUUGUGACUUGGUCAGAAUUUGUUUGGACUGCAUGUUUGUGCACAUGUUAGACUUUUUUUUAUCAUGUAAUUUUAAAUAUAAAGUUCUGCUCUUAUUAAUUUCUUGAUAACCUGCUACUGCUAUUGAGUGCACUGCAGGCUUCAUGCCGAGGAUUUGUAUAGAUAUAUAUUAGGCUAAAAUAAUUUUCACAUAAUUUUUAAUCUUUUUAGAUUAUUAUAAAAAUGGAAUUUAUAAGCGUAAUCUUUAUUACCCUGACCCUCAAAUUAUCAUGAGAAUUAAGAGGCUGCAGUGCUGGCUUUAGUACUGUGGCAUCCUUACACUUUCCCCAACCAAUCUUUACUCCUGGCCACUGGCAAUACUAGUAACCUCAGCCUCAUAAUGUUGCUUAAACCAACACUAUGACCCCUUUAGUCUAGGAGACAGCGCCUUUCCAAGCUGUUUUAGUGCCAGCAUGUUCUACCGGUGCUCCGCUAUCAGUCUGUGUGCCAGUAUAAAUCAAACGCUCGAUCGUCGGCUGAUCAGACUGUUUUAACCUACAAAAAAUUUUUUUUUAAACCACCAGUCGUCAGCCGCACAUCUCUCAUAGGUGAUCUACAGCUAAUGGCCGAUUUCAGCAAAGAGCCGCACAACAAUCUAGUGAUCACUAUAAUAUGCUCUGUAUACGAGUACCAGUCAACAAGACAUUUUUUGGUCAUCUCCCCCAAUGUUGUUAGAUUAAAUGCCGCAUUGCAUCCUUUUCUGCAGGAGCCCAGAGUCACUUCAGACAAAAUCUGGGAUUUAAUAAAGAAAAAAAAAAUUUCUUGCCUGCAGCAACUAAUCAGAGCUCAUAAAAUAAAUGAAAGCUGAGCUGUGAUUGGUUGCUGUGGGCAACAAGUUUCGGCUCAUGUAAAUUUCUUUCCAUAGGAUUCCUGCCAUGAUUUCUGACAUUGUUAAUUGUAAGAGCUGAAGUUUUUAUUCUCAACUAGCCCUGUUUAAGGUGGACAUUGGGCCAGUAGUUAUAAAAUAGGAUCAAUAAAGCAGCGCCUCUAUUAGUGUUAACUGGAUAGAAAUCACAAGGCAGGUAGUGUAGGUAUCAUAAUACUCCAAAUCUGAAGCUUCCAGCAUAGUAGAGUAAACAAGAAUCUUACAAGUGUAUCUGUUUAAGGCGGCAUCAUUAAACCCGCCACAACUGUGCAUCGUGACUUUGUCUACAGUGUUUGUACCCACCAGUACUGAACCGGUUUCCGUUUAUAAACCACACAGAGUUUCUGAAUCUUCCAGGCUUCCCACAGCAAGUGAGGGAAAGGUUUAGCCGGGCCAAGAGUGCCCUGUAUACCCUGGAGAUGCUGUAUCUAAUCACAACUUGUACAUUAGGUUUUAUUUUUCCGCUAGAUAUUAGGUUUCUAGAGCUUUGGGGAGGCAUCAGCCCCUCUACAUAUACGUAAAAUAAACUGGUGUUCUUGUGAACUUUGACUUUAAAUAUCUGUGGCUUUAUAACUGGCCUGUAUAGCAGGUUUAACAGUCAAUAUAAGGUAAUAUAUCUGCUGACUUGUAUUCUACAACUGCCAUCAUGUGUAACCCUCUCCAUCCUGUUUCUUGCUGCUCUUCCAGAAUCUUUUUUGUUUUCUUUUUGUUUUAUUUUUAAUGAAAAAUAAAAAUAAAAAGGAAACUGUCGUAGUUUUUAUCAGUGUUAUUUAAAAAAUAUAUAAAAGGAUUAAAAAAAAAGUGUCCUUUUGGACAAACUGAAGGAAAAAAUAAUGUACAACUGUUUGCUAUGAAAAAAGAAACUGUCAGGUCUGAAUGUAAAGUGUAUAUAGUUGUACAAACUAAAAGAGGAGUUUUAAACGUUUGCUUUUUUUUUCUAUGCACUUUUUUUUUAAUUUAAGUGAUUAGGUUACUUAAUAAAAUGUCCAGUUUCUUGAUGUACAAACAUGUUUGGCUUUUUUGCUUUUAUGAGUCUUAU